AUCACAUUUGCAAAGUCCCCAUUGCCAGACCUUCCCUGAUGGAUGAUCUUUGUGAAGCAAAUGGCACUUUUGCCAUCAGCUUAUUAAAAAUAUUGAGUGAAAAGGACAAGUCAGGAAACGUGUGUUUUUCUCCCCUGAGCAUCUCCUCUGCCCUGGCCAUGGUCUUUAUGGGGGCAAAAGGAAACACCGCGGCCCAGAUGUCCCAGGCACUUUGUUUGAAUGACUACAGAGAUAUUCACCAAGGUUUCCAGUCACUUCUUGCUGAGGUGAACAAAACUGGAACUCAAUACUUGCUUAGAACUGCCAACAGACUCUUUGGAGAAAAAACGUGUGAAUUCCUUUCAACCUUUAAGGAAUCCUGCCAGAAGUUCUAUCAGGCAGAGCUGGAGGAGCUGUCCUUUGCUAAAGAUACUGAAGAAUGUCGGAAACACAUAAAUGCUUGGGUGACAGAAAGGACGGAAGGUAAAAUAUCAGAGGUGCUGGGUGCGGGGACAAUUGAUCCACUGACUAAGCUGGUCCUUGUGAAUGCUAUCUAUUUCAAAGGAAAGUGGCAUGAGCAAUUUGACAGAAAGUACACAAGGGGAAUGCCUUUUAAAACUAACCAGGAGAAAAAGACAGUGCAGAUGAUGUUUAAGCAAGCUAAAUUUAAAAUGGGGUAUGUAGAUGAGGUGCACACGCAUGUCCUGGAGCUGCCAUACGCACAGGAGGAGCUGAGCAUGGUUAUUCUGCUUCCUGAUGACAACACGGAUCUCACCGAGGUGGAAGAAGUACUCACAUAUGACAAGUUCAGAGCCUGGACAGACCCAGAAAAGAUGACGAAGAGUGAAGUUCAGGUUUUCCUUCCCAGAUUUAAGCUGGAGGAGAGUUAUGACUUGGAGUCUUUCCUCCGAGGUUUAGGAAUGAUUGAUGCUUUUGAGGAAGCUAAGGCUGACUUUUCUGGAAUGUCAACUAAGAAGAACGUGCCCGUGUCCAAGGUCGCUCACAAGUGCUUCGUGGAGGUCAAUGAGGAAGGAACAGAGGCGGCUGCAGCUACCGCAGUGGUCAGGAAUGCCCGGUGCAGCCGGACGGAGCCAAGGUUUUGUGCAGACCACCCUUUUCUUUUCUUCAUCAGGCACCACAAAACCAGCAGCUUCUUGUUCUGCGGCAGGUUCUCCUUUCCGUAAAGAGGUGUGGUUGCUGCACAUGCCCUCCUUUCCCUUCUGCCUACCUUGCCUUAAUUAAAAUUCUAUCUGACCAAGUCA